UGGCCAUCUAAUGGCAACACCGCGUUGAUUGUUUAUGGGCGAUUCAUGGUGGAAAAAUUAGUCAACAGUUUUUAGAGACACAUAAAAAUAUACCUGAAACGGCACGCUUAAAGCCAUUUAGUUUAGUUUAAUGGGAAAUACGCAUAAUAAAAACUCUGAGCACAAGAAUCAAAAACAAUCUACGCAUUCAGACCGCGACGGCCAGGCGUUCACUAGUCAGUUCAGUCUCUCCCAUUUCGUGGGCAACCUCAGCGGGCGUUCCUUCGUCAGUGUUACGAGCAACCAGUCGGUGUACAGUGCAUCACGGCCUUGGUCUCGCGUCUCUAGGCGAAGAUGGAAUGACUCCACAUUAAAAAAUCCACUAGAAGCAAGCAAGACUGCCUGGCCUGUUGCCCACAAAGAAUCAAUAUUCCAACCUGAAUUUCCCAUCACCACUGACUUACUCCAGAAAGACUUUCAAAUAGAAGAGACAAUAGCUAAGGGAGCGUUCGGUGAAGUUUAUAAAGUAAAGAAGAUAAGUGAAAACAAAGAAUACGCACUGAAAGUGCUUAGUAAGUCACAGAUAGUGAACGAGAGUGCAGUGCGUCAGGUGAAGGAGGAAGCGCGCAUUCAAGCGGCGUGCGGACAUCAUUCCUUUAUUGCGGGCGCUGUGGCUCGCUGGCAGACCAAGAAAAGACUUUAUAUUGUUUCAGAAUACAUUCCCGGAGGCGAGUUGUUAGCUCUGCUGGACAAGUACGGCAAGCUACCUGAAGAACUCGUCAAAAUAUUUGUCGCUGAAAUCGCUAUUGCUAUUGAUUUCCUUCAUAACGCUGGAGUCAUAUACCGAGACUUGAAGCCGGAGAACAUUCUUCUCGACUCAGACUGUCACAUACGAUUGAUCGACUUCGGGCUCUCCAAGUGGCUCUCCAUCGGAUCGCGCACCACCACACUCUGCGGCACACUCAAGUAUAUGGCCCCAGAGGUCCUGUCUCGGGAGCCAUAUGGACAUGCUGUGGACUGGUGGUCGCUGGGAGUCCUUACCUGCCGCAUGCUUACUGACGAGUAUCCAGCGCCUGCGAUUGGCAAAAGAGCAACGACUGACAGCGAUGAACUGGUGAAAAAAGACAGCAGGGGCCAAAAUGAAGCAUCGUCAUCAUAUCAAAAUAGGCCUCCAGAUCAUAGACACCAGUCUAUUCAGCCAGUCGCAGGGGCUCUACCAGAGAGUGCAAGCUCUUUGUCAAAUGCAGCUCGCGGGCUACUAAUGCGUUUAUUGGAACGAGAUCCAAGGGUCCGUAUCAGAAACUUGAGGCAACUGCAACAGUCUGCCUUUUACAUGAAGUAUAACUUUGAACAUGUAAAAAUGAAAAAGGUUUCACCAAGAUCCAUUUUAGAGCGUCAUUUUCCUGAUGGUGCUACAGAAGCUCCAAUGAACAUUCAAAUGGUGAACCAAAAAAUGUUUCCAGCAUUUGAUCAACCGACUUUAAUUUAGUAUUACUUAAUUCAGUUUCGGUUUAGGAUAUGAAUGAGAAGAUAUGGCAGCUGAAUACCUACUACCUACCUACACUACCCAGAUAUCUAUAAAGAACAAACUUAUUUUUU